AUGCCUUCUCUGGAAGAUCAAUCAGUCAACUAUGACGAGAACCGAGAGCAAUCUACCAGACCCGAGGAAGAUCACCAGCAGGGCCUAUUUCACCAAGUAUACGAAUGGCUUCAUCAUGAGAAAUUCAGACGACAGAAUCGUAAAGCACGGAAAUCCGAAGGAAUCUCCCACGCGACAAACCGAAAUGACUCAGCCACAGAAGAUGGUCCUUUAGAAAGACCCAGCUCGAACACCUCAGAGAGCUCAUUUUCCCUGGAUAAACUGGAAAAGAUUCUCCUCCAAUAUGCGACCACUCAAUCCAGCAGUACACAGAAUUUGACGCACAGACAACCGGUCAAACGGCAAUCCCGACGUCGUCUCAGAGGCCUACGAAGGGGAUCUGUAUCCGAGUCGGAUUUUACAGAUGUUGAGGCGCCCCCACCAAGCGUGGAGGCCUACCUUGACAACACAAAGACCCUGGCCUACACCGGUGGCACUGCAGUAGAAGAGAACGCCGACUCCAGCGCAAGUGUAAAACAAGCGAAAGAUGCAGAGGCUUGGUCGACCUUCAAGACCGAGAUCGUUCGCCUUGUGCACACUCUACAACUCAAAGGAUGGCGCAAGGUCCCCGCUGAUCUGGCUGGAGAGAUUGAAGUGGUCAGACUCAGCGGUGCCCUCACCAACGCUGUGUAUGUAGUUAAGCCGCCAAAGAAUCUGCCACCUCCCAAGACCGAUAGCAACACACUGGUUUCAAGAAAGCCCCCGCCGAAGCUUCUGUUGCGUAUCUAUGGCCCUCAAGUCGAUCAUCUCAUUGACCGAGAGAAUGAAUUACAAAUCCUUCGCCGCCUGGGCAAGAAGAACAUCGGCCCACGUAUUCUAGGAACCUUUCUGAAUGGCCGAUUCGAAGAGUACUUUGAGGCUCGCCCACUGACCCCGAAGGAGCUGCGUAUGCCUGAAACGGCGAAGCAGGUUGCCAAGCGAAUGAGAGAAUUGCAUGAUGGGAUUGACCUUCUCGAAGAGGAACGUGAAGGCGGACCCAUGAUCUUCAAGAAUUGGGAUAAGUGGGUGGACCGUUGCGAGCAAGUGAUGAACUGGUUGGAUAAAGAACUACAGUCCCCUCAGAAUGAGGCCAAGGCUGCAUUGGAACCAUGGCGUCGCCGUGGUUAUGUCUGCGGCGUGAAAUGGGCCGUGUUCCGCAAAGCCGUAGAAAAUUACCGUCUUUGGCUGGUUGCCAACUCUGGUGGAAUCGCCGAGAUCAAGCGCCAACUGGUGUUUGCGCACAAUGAUACUCAAUAUGGCAAUUUGCUUCGUAUGGAGCCCGCCACCCAGUCACCGCUGCUUCUGCCUGCAAAUGAACACAAGCAGUUGGUCGUCAUCGACUUUGAGUACUCUUCUGCCAAUACACCGGGACUUGAGUUCGCCAACCACUUCACCGAGUGGUGUUACAACUACCACGACGAAGAGCGCUCGUGGGCUUGCAACAACCGCGCCUACCCCACACCAGAACAGCAGUACCAUUUCGUGUCAACCUAUCUCACCCACCGACCUGCUGCCAUUGGCGGACCAAUCUCACCUCUAGCCUCGCCAAACAUUCGCGCUCGUAAUUCUGUUGCGUUUGCACCGCUGGACUUGGACGAGGGUCUUGAUCGACCUAGCUCUCGACUUUCACAAACUGAUCAACUUAAGGAAGAGGAACAUGACGCAGAGGUACGAUUCCUCAUGCAGCAAACCCGGUUGUGGCGCGUAAUGAACUCUGCACAAUGGGUGGCCUGGGGUAUCGUGCAGGCCAAGGUACCUGGCAUGGAAGAAGGCAUUGCCGAGAUGCUCGCUGCCCGCAACGGACAGAACGCCGAGGAGGACGACGAUAACACUAAGACACCCACGAAUGGGGAUGCUGAUGAAGAAGACGAAGGUGACUUUGACUACCUGGCUUAUGCUCAGGAUCGAGUCAUGUUCUUCUGGGGGGAUCUGCUGUCACUAAACUUGGUCAAAGCAGAGGAACUGCCUGCGCCCCUGGUGGAGCAUGUCAGGUCGCGACUUGUCGAAUACUAG